GAUAUGACCACAUAACCAGAGGAACCAAACUUGUGCUAGCGUUAGUAGCAGUAGCUAAUUGUAGCAUAAUAGCAAAGUUAGCAUCUUACACAAAAGCUGCAGGAAAUACACUGUAGUGUGUUGGCCGCUGUCGUCGUUGGUAUGAAGCUGUAAACACAUUUCUGAACAAAGCUGAGGAAUGGUCUGACUGCCGCAGCCCCAGGAAAGAUGCACAGCCGGCUGCAGGAGCUGAAGAAGGAAGAGAAGACGCUGCUGAAAAUCAAAGUCAUGCUCCAGGAGCAGCUGAACAGGCUGAAGUUUGAAGAAGGAGCCUUGAAAUCUAUUAUUAAUGCUCAAUCUGAAGAAGGAGCUUCUCAACAUGUGUCCCCAGCAACUGAGGCUUAUAUUAACCUUGAUGACGAGAGUGAGAUCAAUCAAACCAAACUGCGACUGAAUGCUAUUGUAGAUUAUGAUAUGGAGGAGGAGGAGGAGGAAGAAGAUGACAAUGAGGAGGAGGAAGAGGAGGAGGAAGAUCAAGACGCCGGUCACGAAGAUGACGACCAGCGUGCGUAUAGGCUUCAGUACGGGCUCGAAGCGGAUGAGGAGGACGAUGAUUACUAAGAAUCAAAGUGUUACAUGGAGCUUAAAUAUUUGCACCUUUCAAUGAAGAACCAAAUGUAAACAUGACGGUUGUUUAUUUGUUCCCCUGAUUUUUCCCAUCACUUCUAAAACGUAUUUAUUUGUAUGAAGUGAGUGAACGUGGCAGUGUAAUGAUGUGUGGUGCAAACAGUAUUUGCUCCUUUGCCUGGUUUAGGGCACUUCAUCAGGAUUUCAAACAUUGUUAGAAUUUACAGUUUUCUGGCAGAUAUUUGCUGAAAUGCAGUAAGAGAGUAUUAAUAGGUGCUUAUACCAUGAUAGAUGUACUGUGCAUCUAGAGAACAAGAAGGUGAGAAUUAGUUUCACUCGAGAAUCAAAUGUUGAGACUUCUUUGUUAGCCUGAAAAUGUAUGGCUGGGCCAUAUGGUAAGAUAGGGUGUAUGCAUUAUGUAAGAAGAUAUAAUUAUAAGCACAAAAUAAAAUGAUUCGCGUAAAGUC